UUAAUUUCUGCAUUAUAUAAUUUAAAAAGUAGCUUUCGUAAUGUGGAUCAAGAAAAAUCAAAUUAUACAUAGAAAAAAUGUUGCAACACAAGUAUGGAGUACGAAAGGCUUUCCGAAAUCACCAACGAAAUACCGCAGUUGUAAAGUUAUAUUGAAAUAUUUAAAGUUAUAUUGUCAGUAUUCCAGUUUAAAUAGCUUAAAGUAUCUCGUCGAUUCUAACAAAACUUGGUUUGAAAGAAUUCUGUGGGUCAUAAUACAUUGCGUAAUUAUAUCUGGUUUGAUAUUUCUCGUUUAUAUUUCCUAUAAAGAAUUCGUGACUUCGCCUAUACUGACUUCUAUGGACAGUGAUAGUUAUAGUACGGUCAAAAUAGAUUUUCCAGCAAUCGCCAUCUGUCCCAUUAAUAGGAUAAGUCGGCAAUCCGCGACAGAAUUGGCAACCGACAUUUUUCAUGCAAAUGUUACGAAUAAAUCAAUCCGUGAAAUUAUGUAUCUGCUCCAACAAUUAGGCAAUCAUUAUUCUUCUAAUUUCGCAAUAGAUGAAAAAAAUAAUUCGGAGUUAGAUCAACUUUUAGUGGAUUAUUACAAAGGAUUUUACGAUAUUACUGAUACGAUGAAAAAUUUGUCGCCGCAAUGCUUGACGAUGCUACUGAGGUGUAAGCUGCAUGGGACCUACAGGAACUGCUCGCAGCUUUUCGAGUUUCGCAAGACGCAGGACGGAUUCUGUUGCACCUUUAAUUACGUACGUGAAAGGGACGACAUUCCCACAAUGCGUGAAGUGUUUGAAGCGAAACAAAGUAACGUGCAUAAAAUAGACGAGCUCGGAAUAGAACACGGUUUAUCGGUCGUCAUGGAGCCAUUUUUGGAUGAUUAUUUCUAUCCGAUAAUGCCUGUUACGGGUUGGAAGAUUAUCAUAUUUCAUCCUUAUGAUUUCCCGGAUGUAUGUAGCGGUGGUGUCACGGAAGUACUCGUGAUACCCUGCACUGAGACAUAUGUGGAUAUGAGCGCAACGUCUUUCUUUAGCACUGAUAUUAUCGAGACUUUCCCCAUCAAUCAACGCAAUUGCAUUUUCGCAGAAGAAAUACUUACUAGUGGCAAAACUUAUACUUAUAGUGACUGCAUUGUCGACUGUAAGAUUAACGACAUGUUAGAGCUUUGCAAAUGCAGACCGUUUUUUUUUCCAAGUCGUGGGGAAAAAGAAAAUAUGCAACGUAUUUGUACUAAUAAAGACUUACCCUGCCUGAGUAAACAUAAAUCUAAAUGGUGGACGGUUUUUCCUCAUGAGAAUAAAGAAGAAAUUAUGCCAAACAGCGAGUGGGCCUUGCAUUGUCAUAAUUGUUAUCCUGCUUGUGAUGACACUGGAUAUGAUGUGCGGAGUUCAAUGAGUUAUAUGUCCACUGGUGAACAUAGAACUGAAUUACUAAUGAACUACAAUGUUACGGAUCAGGGAGUAUUGCAUGUCUUCUUCUCGAAAUAUGGCACAAUCAGGUUGAAACAAGACGUUAUUUAUUACUGGUACGAACUUCUGAGCGAUAUCGGCGGUAUAUGUGGUGUCUUCAUCGGCUUCAGUUUCAUCACCAUCGUGGAGCUACUAUAUUUCCUAGUUCUCAUAUUCCUCGAUUUAUUCUGCGGAAAAUCUUCCUUGCAGGAAGGCGACGAAAAUCACGAAAAGGAAUCUAAAUCAAGCCAUAAUCAGACCAUACAGACAAUUUAUUGGAACGAAUUGUUACCACGAUCUUGGCAAUCGGUGACAUUUUUUAAUAAUGGUCAGUUUCCUAACAACAGAACUGCAUAUUGAUACAGCCGACGAGCUAUCAUGAAACUAUUCGGGAAGGUUUCCAAUCGGAGUGAUUCUGUUUUCCCUAAGUUGUUCUAUCGUGGACGUUCGAAUAAUACUCGAAACGGUAGGACAAUUUUCAACGCCUUGCGAGCAAAUGGAAAAGCAUCGAUUCCAGUCGGGAUAAAGCCUUGGGCGAAAGAGAUUGCGGAAGAUCGUUUGUUUCGUUACGUGGCAACGAUUUCAAAAAAUACUCAUAAAUGAGAUUUAGAGACAGACAGAAUCGUAAUCCAAAACUCAUCGGUCGGAAACCUGCAUUUUCAUGGAAAUUUUGAAUAAGAUCCAUGAUAGCUCUCGUAAUUAUGAUCGAUUGAUUAAAAAGGUUUUCAUUUUUCAACAUUGUAUUAUCGUAUUAAUUUUGUAUUAACCCUUGUAUUUAUCC